GGCGCCUAGCACCGCCCUUUCCUUUGACGCCUUUCUAGUUGUUGCUGUUCCCACACCACCGCCGAGUACACACGUUCGACGAAAUUCCCCCGCGAGUUCUCCACUAAGAUUCGCCCGCAUCUCCUUCGAUUCUUUCCUCAGUUUCUGUCUCGGAAUCCGCCAAGAUCGUGGAGUCUCGCCGGAACCCUGCUCUGGCCGUACCGACCCCGGCUGGAUCUCCGGUCUCAAGAGUUAUUGAUGAUUCUUGGGAUCCGGAGGGUGUGGCGGAGGAGUUCUCGGCGAUGAGCAGGCUGGCGUCGGAGCUCCACCGGUUGCGGAGGUCGCCAUGGGAGGUGCUGUGCUCGGCGCUGGUAUCAUGCGGCCUGGUGCUCUUCUCGCAGCUCGCCGUGGCCAUAGUGCCCCGCCUCUUCCCAUCCAUCUCCCUCCUCGCCAUGCUACCCGUCGCAGGUUUGGUAUUCCUGGUGGCUAUUCUGUUGGGCAGGUUCUGGAGGAGGUUCAUCGGAGUGGCCGCGUCGGCGCCCCUGUUCGUUCUGUUCAACGUGCUGUUUUUGUGGGGCGUCUACGUAUUCGUCAUCCGGAGAGAUACCUCUUCUCUACUAGACAUGCUGAUUAAUGCUGAGUGUGCACUGCUUCUUUGGGGACUUUACAGGAUUCUUUCUGGUGAUCCCGGCAUUGUUGCAUACGAAUCUUCAUUUUUGGAAGAGGCUGGCUGCAAGGAUUUCGUGGAUGCUAUAUGCUCGAGUGAGAAGUAUCCAUCACUCUCAAGGGUGAGGAAUUGUAACUGUUGCAAAGCAAAUGUUAGAGGUUAUGACCACCAUUGCCCUGCAUUUGGUAACUGCAUAGGACAGAAAAACCACAGGCUAUUUAUGGCACUUUUGACAGGAUUUGUUGUUGCUGAAUCGACAUAUACAAUGUGUUCAACUAAAUAUAUAACUAGAUGCAUAACUUCAGGAACUUUAAGAACUGAGAAUCAUUUUUCUCUAAACAUGGUGAUUGGCACAAUGCUCUUCUCAGUCCUCCAAGUGUUAUGGCAGGUUGUGUUCCUGAUAUGGCAUGUGUACGGCAUCUGCUUCAACAUCAGGACAGAUGAGUGGAUAAACUGGAAGAAAUAUCCUGAAUUCCAAAUGAAGGAACAGCCUCAGUCAGAUUUUGAAGUCAAGUUUGUCAAUCCAUACGACAAAGGCAUACUUUGUAACAUUAGGGAGUUCCUGAAGCCGAAAUAAUACAAGUACCAUCUAAAACGCACCAAGACCGGAGACCACCCACUCAAGAUUCCUGGAGAUAUGUUUUGCCUGUUAUUGUUACACUGAUUCAUAUUCAUCGGUCUGUGCAUCAUUUGGACUGUGGCAGUCCGGUGUCUGCCUUAAUAUGAGAAGUUAACAUUAUUUGAAAAUCCUCUUUGGACUGUAA